GCCACUGACUUACCCUAGGCAGAAUCCACUGGCUCUCCUGCUGCCAAUCUCCAUUGAAAGUAGAAGGAAGGAAGCCAGACUAGAGAUUUGGAACGGGGAUGUUUCACCUACUGAGGCAGUGCAGAGCAUGGGCUGUGCACUAACCCUAGAGAGGGGUGGGGAUGAUGACAGAGCGAGAGAGGGGGGCUGGCUGCAUAUUUGGCUCUGCUGAGCAGGCUGCUUGUUGUGCAGUUGUAGCUCAAGCCCAGAGCAGCUGCCAGCCUGAGAAAAGCUGUGCAAGGAGGGAAAGAGAGAGAGGCUCUGCUCUCACAUCCUGGACUGUGCGUGCUGGAAGAGGGACUCGGGGGCUGCAAGGGGAGCUGAGCUGGAGGGGCGUGGACACGGGACCUGCACCCCAUGCCUUGUUUGCUGCUUUCCCUGCGGUCUCCGCACAGGCAGCAGAAGGAUUUCCCUUGCUUGUUACAGGCAUGAGUCCCCAUUGCCGCCCCUGCUGAAGCGCCCCCCAGGUGCCUGGCUCUCUCUCUCAGUGACUGGGGGAGGCUGGUCCCCCCCCCCCAGAGCUCCCAGGGAAGGGGGGGCAACUUGUGCCUAGCUCUGUAGAAGCUGUUCCCCUGGGCUGCAGCAGGAGGGGGCAGUGCAGCAGGGACCCCCGGAGGGAGCCGAGCUGUGCGGCUCUCCUGCCUGCCCCCUGGGCCAUGCAGAGGGGCCAGUGAGGGCUCAGCCUGCCAGGAAGAUGCUGCCGCCGCUGCUCGCCGGGACGGAGGGAGCCUGAACUGCGGCUAGAGGAUGGGGCCAGCAGCCGCCCUGGCUCAAUGAGCUGCGGGGAGUUCCUGCCGCUGCGCCCGGAGCGGCUCCGCACUUCAUCCCCAGAUACUAAGACAACCUGUAAAGAAGCUCCAUGAAGGUGACCAGCCAUGCAAUGUUCCUGGAAGGCUGUCCUCCUACUAGCCUUGGCAUCCAUCGCAAUCCAGUACACGGCGAUCCGAACCUUCACAGCCAAGUCCUUCCACAGCUGCCCCAUCCCCAAUCCCAUGAACUGCAGCCUGAGCCAGGAGACUGAGUCGGCUGACAGACUAUGUGACGAGAGCCCAACCUUUGCUUAUAACCUCUCCAGAAAGACGCAUGUCCUGAUCCUGGCCACCACCAGAAGUGGCUCCUCUUUUGUUGGACAGUUGUUUAACCAGCACUUUGAUGUCUUCUAUUUAUUUGAGCCCCUGUACCAUGUCCAGUACACCUUGAUCCCAAAGCUGACCCAGAGCAAGAGCACCACUGACAGGAGGGUCAUGCUGGGCGCCAGCAGAGACUUGCUGAGGAGCCUUUAUGACUGUGACCUCUACUUUCUUGAGAACUACAUCAAACCCCAGCCGGUAAACCAUACAACGGACCGGCUCUUCCGCAGGGGGGCCAGCAAGGCCCUGUGCUCGCUGCCAGUUUGUGAAUCACUGGGGCCAAUUGACAUCCACCUGGAGGAAGGGGACUGUGUGAAAAAGUGUGGCACCUUGAACCUGACAUUGGCCACUGAGUCAUGCAAAGAGCAUGGGCAUGUGGCCAUCAAAACAGUGCGGGUGCCAGAGGUCAGUGACCUCAGAGCCUUGGUGGAGGAUCCCAGACUAAACCUGAAGGUUAUACAGCUGGUGAGGGACCCCAGAGGUAUCUUGGCUUCCAGGAGCGAGACCUUCCGAGACACCUACAGGCUUUGGAGGAUCUGGGAUGGUACUGGCAGGAAGCCCUACAACCUGGAUGUGACCCAGCUUACCACGGUCUGCGAGGACUUCUUGAACUCUGUAUCCACUGGACUAAACCGACCACCUUGGCUUAAGGGCAAAUACAUGCUGGUAAGGUACGAAGACCUGGCCAGAAAUCCCAUGAAAAAGACUGAGGAGAUUUACGGUUUCCUGGGUAUUCCCAUGGACAGCAAUGUUGAGCGAUGGAUACAAAACAACACAAGAGGGGACAGGUCCUCGGCCAAACACAAAUAUGGGACUGUCCGGAACUCGGCGGCGACAGCAGAGAAAUGGCGGUUCCGCCUCUCCUACGAAAUUGUGGAGUUUACUCAGAACGCCUGCCAGCAGGUGCUGGCGCAGCUCGGCUACAAAAUGGCGGCCUCGGAGGAGGAGCUGAAGAACCUCUCCAUCAGCCUGGUGGAAGAAAGGGACUUCCUGCCCUUCUCGUAACCCAGGCAUUGUGCCCUCUUUUUGAUAUGGACUGUUUCUAAUUGUUGCCUUAUUUGAUUUGAUUUUAUUCCCCCCCCCCUCUCUCUCCAAAAUUUGCACUAAAUCUUGAAUGGGAAUCUCAAUGGCAUUAACGCGAGGAAGCUGCUCCCUCUCACGGUGCGCUUUGGACGCAAGGGCAUUGGGUGUCUCAGAGCAAGAGCUAGAACUGUGGCUGGGUAACAAUGUUUACAAAACACACACAAUGUAUAAAACAACCUUCAAGUUUUCCAAACCGAAGGGUACCUGGGGUACUGUACUUUUGCACUGUUUACUUUUACAAUGUAAGAGAUAAAUAUAUAUAAUUUAUGAAUGGUGGUGUCCCCUUGACCAUAAUUCCCCUUGCCUCCCGGUUCCAAGCAGGUUAUGCUGUUAGCUGAAUGUGGAAUAACCUCCUCGUUUUUCAAUCUCGUUUCGAUAUGUCUGUUUGUUUAAGUCGUGUUAUUGGGCUGGGCAGUUAGUCGGUUGCUGAUCCAUGGUUGUUUGGUAACACCUGUGACAUUUCUUUGUGCCAAAAAAAAAAAAAUUAGUUGAUUGGGCGGUUUGCUAAAAACAAACAAACAAAAUUAA